CUGCUUUCCCCGGUGCCGCAUCGGGAAAGCGGUGCCGCGGAUGUCCUGUGUGCGGUGUGCUGGGCUGCUGGGUACCGCCCAGCGCCGGUCCUCGAAGGGACACCGAGGCUGAGGCUGCAGCCGCAGCUCCCAGGUUAAGGAAGAGCUUUUAGAAGAGGACUGACGCGAUCGAUUUGGUCUUUUUCGUGCUAUUCAGAUGGAAGAUAACUCUCUUUUAUCUGCGCAGGUGGUUAUUCGACGGCUCCCUCCUUGUCUCACCAAGGAGCAGCUGGAGGAGCAGCUCCACCCUCUCCCUGCUCAUGAUUAUUUUGAGUUUUGCACUGCUGAUCCCAGCCUUUAUCCUCAUCUCUACUCAAGAGCAUACAUUAACUUUAGAAAUCCUGAGGACAUCCUUCUUUUUAGAGAUCGCUUUGAUGGCUAUGUCUUCAUUGAUAAUAAAGGUUUGGAGUACCCUGCAGUGGUUGAAUUUGCUCCAUUUCAGAAGAUUUCAAAAAAGAAGUUGAAAAAGAAAGAUGCCAAAGCUGGGAGCAUUGAAGAUGACCCAGAAUAUAGGAAAUUUUUAGAAAGUUACUGUGCUGAUGAAGAGAAAAUCUGUGCCAAUCCUGAGACUCUUUUGGGAGAGAUUGAGGCCAAAACAAGGGAACUCAUUGCUAGAAGAACAACACCCCUUUUGGAAUAUAUUAAAAAUAGAAAAUUAGAAAAGCAGAGAAUUCGAGAGGAGAAAAGGGAGGAACGAAGACGGAGGGAAUUGGAGAAGAAACGUCUGAGAGAAGAAGAGAAAAGGAAACGCAGAGAAGAGGAAAGACGUAAAAGGAAAGAAGCAGAGAAACAUAAGAAAAUUUCUGAAAAAGAAAUAAGGAUCAAGCUUCUUAAGAAGCCUGAAAAAGGAGAUGAGCCAGCCAGUGAGAAACACAAAGAAAAAGAUGAAGAAGCUGAUACUGAAGAAAACAAGUGGGAUAAGUCUCCUGGACCUGGGAGUAUAAGAUCCAAAUCGUUGGAAGGUUCACUAAAAGAGCUUAAGGAGAAGUCACAAAAUGAUAGUGACAAAGAGCAAAGAGAUUUGGAGAGAAGAUUUCGAAAAGAACCUGAAAGGCAAAGGUAUCGACUGGAUGAUGGCAGAAAGCAUAGAACUCACUAUGAGUUUGACAAGUUUGUGAGAAGGAAUGAAGAAGAGCUGAAAUGGGGGAAAGGAUACAACCAAGACAGAGGAAAGAAAGGGAACCACAACUACAGCUUCACUGUGGAGGCAGUAGACAAACUGGGUAAAGAGGACAAGUGUGAUGACAUGGCAUCCAAAAAGGAGCGCAUAAGAAAUAAGGAUCGCCCAGCCAUGCAGCUGUACCAGCCAGGGGCUCGCAUCCGAACGCAUACGGGAUCCACGAGUAAAGCCUAUGACUGCAGUGGGAAGUCUUCUGAAGAUGCUCUUGACAAAAAGUAUGAGGUGGAUAACUCAGUGGGAGGUGGCUCUGAGAAGAGUGAGGAAGCAGAAUAAAACAAACUGAAGGAAAGACUUGUGGAAAGGGAUGAACUUCAGAUUCAACAUCGCCGCAUAGAGCUGUUUCAGAAGCCCAACACCAACAAAAUUGUCACAGCUUUCUCUUACGUCCUCUGAAAUAAAGGAAAGAGCGACUGGAGAUGCAUAAAGUAUCUUACAGCAAAGGAAUAUGAUUGCUUUUUUACAUAAAGCAGAGCAAACACCAUUUGCCCAAUGUAAAAGCAGUCUGAUGUUUUAUUAGAUUGACCUUGAGAUAUAAAAUCUCUAAUAGUUUUAAAGGAAUAUUUAUAGAAAACUUCAGAAGCGACCUCACCUUUCCAAGUCUAAAGAAACAAAAUGUGGAUUUGUGUCAUUGUGAGGCCUGAAGCACUUCCAGAGUGUCGGGUGCCUGGCAGUCCCAGGGCCCCUUCCUGCACACGGUGGUGCUGCCCAGCGCCGUGCGGCUUGGGGAGCUCCGCAGCCAGCAGUGUUUGCAGGGCACGAGGAAUGGCAGUGGGUGUCUGUAUGUACCUCGUUGUGUUCACAUUGUUUUUCAAUUAACUACAGUGUCUAAUAAGUGUUAUUAAAGCUACAAGUGUGUUGUUAGAGUGUUUGUCAUUUUUGGAGCCACUUCUGCCUUUUAUGUUUUAAAGGAUUCUUGUACUUAAAGCAGAAAAAAGCUGACACAAACCUCAGCACUUACACAGUGCAUCUGGUUUUCUUAAAUUAGCUGGGUUUUUUUAUGGUUUUGACACUGACUUUUCAAAAAGUGAUUGUACAGUGAUGACUUUUUAUAUGCUGAUGUUUGAUGUAAGUUGCAGAUGCAGGAUCUGGACAAUGUAAGACACGUGAGAGUUCUGAAGUUCAAUUUGUUUGAAGAAAAACAAACACGAGUGUCAGCUGCAAAGUCCCAUUUUUUAAGUUCCAAGUCAAAUUCUGCCCUCUGAUGCAGGCACAUAUAUAUGUGUGUAUAUAUAUAUACAUAUAUUUACAGUGUUUCCAUCGGUUUCAACAUUGCAUGUUUAUGGAAGGGCAAAACUUACUCAUCUUUUACAGCUGAAAGUUUCAGUCAUCCGAAACCGAGACCUGCUGUGUUGAUUAAAUUAAAUAGUAAGACAUUCAUUUAUUUUUUACAUCCUCUUGGAGCAUUUGGUUAAGCAUAACAUUUAGUUGUUCUAGAACUGAAAAAUUAUUGAUUGUAUUUUCCAAGAUAUUAAGCAUUACGUGAAUAAAAGCAACAAGAUUUUCACUAUGAUUUUAAGAAGUGAUCUUCUGUAGUUUUUUUUGUCUGUACUCUUAAAAAAAACAUAAGUAGAAUGCUAUGCUACUCAGUAUUCCUCAGAAACGGAUAAAAAUAGCGUUGAGAAGAAUUUUAAUAUCAAACUAUGUAAGUGAGAGGCCAACUAAAACAACUUCAAAGCUUACGUGAAACAACUGUUGGAAAACCAUUUGGUUUUAUCUUCAUCUAAAGUUUAUCUUGUUUAUCAGCCUUAUUCUGACUGCUGAGAAGGGAUUUGAGUUCAGCUUCUUGGCUGAGGGAAAGAGCCUGACUUGGUCUGAGAAGAAGGAGACCUAACCAGGACAGUUCUGCAGUAGAGGCAGACAGGGCUUCAACGGAUUGGGGUCUGUGUAAAAGCAACCAUUUGCAACCCAUUGAGGUGCCCAGGGGAUGUGGGCAGAGCUGUGCUGGCUCAAGGAGGGGUCUUGUUUGUGAGAGGAACCCAUAAGAGCAAGAGAAAAAGCUUGUGCGCAUCCUCACAUGCUUGGUAUUUUUGGCCAAAGGUGGCUGCCAGGCUACUCUCUCACUAUCCCAUGUGUGCUUGGGCUAUAAGUAUCUCUUGGUGGCAUUAUAGGUGAGUAACUUAGUAGUUUAUUUAGCAGUAAACUUCCACUUGAGGACUUGCCACCUCUUAGUUACCAAAGAUUGGACUUGAAAGCUUGGCUCAGUAAAAACUGUCAGGGCUUCAACAUUCACAUAUUUCGGGAAAAGCUGUCACCCCCUCACUAACUAGGACACCUGCAUCCCGUUUGACUGCAGGAAAGCUGGCCUUGAGUUUACACAUCUGCACAGACAGAGUAUCCAGAACAUUGAUAUUCACAGGGAAAGCCGGGCAGGAGGAGCUGCCACCUGCUCAGUGCUUGCUCUUUUUCCUAUGCGCCUCCUGAUGACACAAAAUAAAUGCAGGCUUGCAGCCUGUCUUUGUACAGAGUCACUGUGGCGUGAGAGCUUUAUUUCCACAAUAGCAACUUUGUUUUGCAAAUUCAGCUUUGCUGAAAGUAGAUCCGGCUACCCUGAGAAACAGGAAUUGUAUCUACUUACAUUACAGCUGAUUUGGGUGCCAUCUGCUUCUUUGUUUUUACAGUAUAGGGCUCUCUUCUUUAAUACAAAUCUUCACCACCUUGGCAGUCUCACUCAAUUUCUGUUGUCCUAUUUCCUACUGGAUUCCAAGGUCAUCCGAAUUUUGCAAUGUGGAAAUCACCUUGUCUGUCAAGAUGGAGUUAGGCUCCAUUCUGUCAUGAUCUAUUGUGUCAAAGGAAACUGAUGUGGGAUAUAAAUAUUCAGUAAAAAAAUCUGCACUCACGCCUGUAGCAGUUUUCAAGAGCAGGCAAUUCAAUUCCCAAACAUCAUUCUGCCAACUUCAGAUUCCAUUUUUAAACGCAUUCUGCUGUUUAUUUUUACUAAAAAAACAAAUGGCUACAAGCUAUUUCCAGAAAGUCUUGGGAGGUACGUGGCUUACCUCUUCACGCUGCAUCACGCUGCAUGGUUUGGGCUGGAAGACUGUUCCCAAAGCAGAAUAGGAGAAGAGCGACAAGCCUUAGCUUGCCUUCAUGUGCCUUUGCACAAAGAGCUGGGAGCUGAUGACAAGUGACCACUCCGACAUCCACGUCCUGUAUUCAAAAGGAAAUGAACCUGAAAAGCAUGCAGGUGCCCCAUCUGUGGUGCCAGCCUGUUCCCGUUGUACCUACAGAGAGAUAGCACGGACACUUAGCCACCAGUGCUGAAAAACAUACUGCCUCUGUGUGGGCUGUGAGGUGUGACGGAUCACUGCUAAAUGCCACUGCCACCUGAUGUUACAGCAGAUCAGGGAGACAACUACCAGCCCUUCUGAAAACACUACAGGUUUUGGUUAAUGUUUUAGCACUGCUGAGGUUUGUAUGCAGAUUCUAUCUGAAAGUGAAAGCAGAAGCUGUUUUGAAGGUCUUGUGCUUUUCCCCACACUGUAAGCCAGAGAUCCUCAGGUGGUAAACGAUGACAACUGCUGUAUCAAACACGUAUGAAACAUGGAGUGGACACAUUCUCCUCUCUUCUCAAAAAAACAAAAAAAAAAAACAAAAAAAGCCAAAAACCAGACAAAACCAAUGAUUGAGCUCCUUUAA